AUGUCGACCGAAUCCACGCAGUCGAAGGCAUGCUGUGACACCCCCGCUGUUGUCAGCGAGGGCUACCAGCCCAAGGGUGACUACAUCGAGGUUGAUGGCCUAAAGACAUAUGCGACUGGCCCCAAGGACGCGAAGAUCGGUAUCUUGGUAGUCUACGACAUCUUUGGCUUCUUCAACCAGACCCUGCAGGGAGCCGACAUCCUUGCAUACACAGAUAGUCAAAAGUACCAGGUUUUCAUGCCAGACUUUUUCGAGGGCAGCCCAGCCGACAUUUCAUGGAUGCCACCGGACAACGAUGAAAAGAAGAAGAAGAUGGGAGAGUUCUUCCAGACGAAGGCUGCACCCCCAAAGACUCUGUCGCGCAUCCCUAAGAUUGUGGAUGAGCUGAGUCAAAAGAAAGGCAUCGAGAAGUGGGCCAUUGUUGGCUACUGCUGGGGUGGAAAGAUUGUCAACCUCUCAGCAAUGGAGGGCACAAAGUUCAAGGUCGCAGCGGCAUGCCACCCCGCCAUGGUGGCUGGCGACGAUGCGCCUGGCAUCACCAUUCCCUACAUCAUGCUUCCAUCUGGCGACGAGGACAAGGGUGACGUUGAAAAGUGGCAGCAAGGCAUCAAAGUUCCCCAUGUCGUAGAGUGGUUCCCAGAUCAGAUUCACGGCUGGAUGGCUGCUCGCAGUGAUUUAAGCAAGGAGGAAGUACGGAAGGGCUAUGAGCGCGGUUACAAGCUGGUACUGGACUUUUUCCACAAGCACCUGUGA